UCGAAUUUGAAUCUUAGCCCACCGCCAGUGUAAAAGCCCAGGAAAAUCACCGCUGGCGGGUUGGAAUUUAAUACAUUUUAUAAUAAUAAAUUAUGCAAAAUUGUCAUUUCGCUCGCCGCUCAGUGCUUACUGCACUAUUGUGACUCCCAGCAUGCAGUUUCAAUAACAACAGUAUAAAAUAAAAAUUUUUUAGAUUUUUCGAUAGAUAACAUUUUUAUACAGUCUUAAAUAUUUUACUUCGAAGUUCAGUGUUAAUUUUUUAGUGUGUAAGUUCGUCGAAAUAUCUAAUACAUUUUCAUUUUUAUACCCAUCUGCGGAUUCAUAAUGCGUUCGUUGAACACGUUAUUACGACCAUCGGCAGGCGUCCGAAACAUAUCCAGUUUGGUAUUGCCUGAGAGCCAUUCAAAACUAAAGAAUGUAUGUCGGAAAUUUUCAGAGUCUGAAUUACGGCCGAUUGCUGCAAAACUAGACAAAAUGCAGAUGUUCCCUUCUGAUCAAAUAAAACAAUUAGCUGAUUUAGGAAUCCUAGGAGUUGUAGUUGACAAGAAAUAUGGUGGUUCAGGAGCUGACUCUCUUGCAUUAUCAAUAGCUGUUGAAGAAAUAUCCAGAUGCUGUGGCGGCACCGGUUCAAUUGUAAGCAUUCAUAAUGCUCUAUAUGCAGGCAUAAUAAACAGAGUCGGCACUCCUGAACAAAAAUUACAAUUUCUACCAGAUUUCAUUAGUAGAGGUAUUGUUGGAUGUUUUGCUCUCAGUGAACCAGGAAGUGGCAGUGAUGCUGCUAAUAUGCACACAAUAGCAAAACGUGAAGGAGAUCAUUGGAUAUUAAAUGGUACAAAGGCUUGGGUGACUAAUGGUAUUGAAGGCGGUGCGAUUAUUGUGAUGGCUCGUUCUGAUAUUUUUAAAGGCCAUAACGGAGUAUCAGCAUUUAUUGUACCAACAAAUACACCAGGCUUAACAAAGGGUAAAAGAGAUGAUAAGUUAGGUAUUAGAGCCGCAUCUUCUUGUAAUAUUAUUCUGGACAAUGUUAUUGUACCAGCUGAAAAUAUGUUGGGGAAUGAAGGUGAUGGUUUCAAAAUAGCCAUGUCAGGAAUUGAUUUGGCUAGAAUAGGUAUUGCAUCACAAGCAUUAGGAAUAUCACAAGCUGCAAUGGACUGUGCUAUUGAUUAUGCAGGAAAUAGAACCGCUUUUGGUAAUGCUAUUAUUAAACUGUCUGCUGUUCAGCAAAGGCUUGCUAAAAUGGCUACACGAUUGGAGGCUUCUAGACUUUUGACAUGGAAAGCUGCAUGGUUGAGAGACAAUAAUCAACCUUUUACCAAGGCAGCAUCUAUGGCCAAGUUAGAAGCAUCACAAACAGCGACAUAUGUUACACAUAAUUGUAUACAGAUUCUCGGUGGGAUUGGAUAUAUUGCAGAUAUGCCAGCCGAACGACAUUACAGAGAUGCGAGGAUAACUGAAAUAUAUGCAGGUCCGACAGAUAUUCAAUAUUUGGUUAUUGCUGAAAAAUUAGCAAAAGAAUAUGGGUAUAAAACUAGAUAAGACUACAAUAUUAAAUUCCAUUAAUGACUUGGUUGUGGAUAAUUAUUAAUUUGUUUAUAUUUAUUAUUAUUUAUGUUGUAUCAUUGAUAUGUAAACAAUGGUUAUAUUAUUGUGUUGAUAACUUUAGUCUAUAAUGUAUUUUUCUGUCAAUUGUAUACAUAUUUUGUAAAUUCUAACCAAUAAUUAGUACAUUUUAUUAUUUUAACAAAUAAAAAUAAGCAAUAUACAAAAAUCA